AUGUUCACUCUCUGUAAAGGUUACAGUGAUGAUGAUGAUGAGAAAGAAGAAACAGAUAUAAUCAAUUCAGUGUCUGAAAAUAAAAAAUCGUUUGAAGAUAAAAUAUCAUAUUAUAAAUUAAAGGGGAAAGAUGAAAGAGGUCAUAUAACUAUUUAUACAAAUUUAGGUGAAUUUGAAAUAGAAUUGUAUUGGUAUCAUAGCCCUAAAACAUGUUUCAAUUUUUAUUCACUAUGUGAUAUGGGAUAUUAUGAUAACACUAUAUUUCAUAGAAUUAUACCGAACUAUAUUAUACAAGGUGGUGAUCCCACAGGGACAGGAAAAGGUGGGAAAAGUAUUUAUGGAGAAUAUUUUGAAGACGAAAUAAAUAAAGAAUUAAAACACACAGGUGCUGGUAUAUUAAGCAUGUCUAAUAAUGGUCCAAAUACCAAUUCUUCGCAGUUUUUUAUAACCUUAUGUCCUUUGCCACAUUUGGAUGGCAAACACACAAUUUUUGCAAGGGUUAGCAAAAACUUCACUUGCAUAGAAAAUAUCGCGUCAGUCAAAACAACUGCAACGAAUAAACCAAUUUUUGAUGUCAAAAUUUUGCGAACAUCCACAGCCGUAAAUGUUGAUUGA